CAUAGCCUGUCAUUUCCGGUGGAUAUAUACCUAGUCGCUAGCUGGCUAACGUAAAUACGUUUUUGUACAUCUUUGGAAAUGUCCAUAUUUUAGAGACUCCACGAAAGCGUAAAUGAUAUAAUCUAAAAAUUUAAAGCGUUAGUUAAAGAUUCUCUUUGAUUUAGAGAAGCCCGCACAGUUCCAAGAUGCCUGAAAGAGAGACCGAACUGUAUUCCAAUCCGUUGGCCCCGGAUAACCAUGAGGUGGAGGAUCACCGCUCCGCACUCCAAUCCAAGCUGACCAAUGAGGAUUUCCGAAAGUUGUUGAUGACCCCACGGGCCACACCCUCAUCAGCCCCACCUUCUAAAUCAAGACAUCAUGAAAUGCCACGGGAGUACAACGAGGAUGAGGACCCUGCAGCACGCAGACGGAAGAAGAAAAGUUACUAUGCAAAGCUGCGGCAGCAGGAGCUGGAGCGAGAGAGGGAGCUGGCGGAGAAGUACCGCGACCGAGCCCGGGAGCGGCGUGACGGCGUCAACAAGGACUAUGAGGAGACGGAGCUCAUCAGCACCACUGCCAACUACAGAGCAGUGGGCCCGACAGCUGAGGCGGACAAGUCGGCGGCAGAAAAGAGGCGACAGCUGAUCCAGGAGUCCAAGUUCUUGGGUGGUGACAUGGAGCACACUCACUUGGUGAAAGGUCUGGAUUUCGCCCUGCUGCAGAAGGUAAGGGCAGAGAUCACCAGCAAGGAGAAAGAAGAGGAGGAUUUGAUAGAGAAAGUUCAGAAGGAGGUCAAGAAAGAUGAAGAUCCAGAACAGAAAAUUGAGUUCAAGACCCGCCUGGGGAGGAACAUCUACCGAAUCCUGUUUAAGAGCCGCCAGAUGGAGCGGAACGAGCUCUUCCUGCCGGGGCGCAUGGCCUACGUGGUGGACCUGGAGGACGAGUACGCCGACACCGACAUCCCCACCACGCUCAUUCGCAGCAAGGCUGACUGCCCCACCAUGGAGGCCCAGACCACUCUGACCACCAACGACAUCGUCAUCAGCAAACUGACCCAGAUCCUGUCCUACUUGAGGCAGGGGACACGCAACAAGAAGAUGAAGAAGAAGGAGAAAGGGAAACUUGAUGAGAAAAAACCCCCAGAAGCUGAUAUAGGCAUUUUUGAUGACAUCGGCGACUACAUCCCGUCCACCUCCAAGACCAUCCGGGAGAAGGAGAAAGAGAAGGAGCGCUACAGGGAGAAGGAGAGGGAGAGGGAGCGCGAGAGGGAGCGGGACAGAGAGGAGGACAAGAGGAGGCGCAGCUAUUUUGAGAAGCCCAGAGUGGACGAUGAGGCUAUCGAGAUUGAGAAAGGUCCUGGAUCAGUGAAGGAUCAGCUCAAACUGAUUAAUGAGAAGUUUGCUGGGGCAGCAGCCGCCCAAUGGCAAGGCCAGGAGACUGCAGGCACACGGCGGGAGGAGAAGAAGCACGUGGGAGACUUCUUUGGCAUGUCUAACAGCUACGCUGAGUGUUACCCUGCCACGAUGGAUGACCUGGCUGUGGACAGUGAUGAGGAAGUGGACUACAGCAAAAUGGACCAGGGUAACAAGAAAGGCCCUCUGGGUCGCUGGGAUUUCGACACGCAGGAGGAGUACAGCGAUUACAUGAACAACAAGGAGGCCCUGCCAAAAGCUGCCUUCCAGUAUGGGAUAAAAAUGUCAGAGGGGAGAAAGACACGGCGCUUCAAGGAGACCAAUGAGAAGGCGGAGCUGGACAGGCAGUGGAAGAAGAUCAGCGCGAUCAUCGAGAAGAGGAAGAAGAUGGAGGCUGACGGGGUUGAAGUGAAGAGACCUAAAUACUGAAGAUCUUUUUUGCAAUUUCUCUGUUUUUCCAUGUACCUGAGUGGUGGUCUUUGUUAGAAUGGUACAUCACCAAUAGAAUAUUUGAACUGCAAUAUCUUGUAUUCCAGAUGUCGGAUUUGUAUUUGAAAUGUAAUAAUCUCUAGUAUUGUCUUACCUUUUGUAACCUCUAGAGGUGAAAAUUAGAAUAAAGGACAAUUGAUAAUUUUAUUCAGCUGUACACAUGAA